AUGUUCCGCCUCGAGGGUGGGACAUCUGGCGUCCGCAAACUUUCGCGUCGCCCGAGCGAAGCCGGCCGUUCGAUACCUGCAACGGUUUCGCUUCCGUCGACGGACUCGGGGAACUCCCGGCGUUUUGUUUGGAGCGACACGGAGAGUUUCUGGAUUCACGAUUCACUCCAGGCACCCGUCGACUUCCACGCAGGUGCAUCAUUGACGGAAGCUGACGGCGCCACUUAUCCAAUUUGCAGCCGAGCCGGCAUCACCGCCGUACAACUCGAGCAAAUUGCUGAGCCU